AAAGAAAGCGCGAGUUCGGAAAGCGGAUCAGGAGAAGGCUCGGCCACAGUCAAGCGGGAAGGCAUCGCGGUCUGGAGCGACAGGCCCUAACAAUAGCGUGUGGACGGGAACAAUUGCGAAGGGCUUGGUCCUGCGCCGUGGAGUUCUUGUCGACUCUUGGAAAUUGUGAGCAAAAAAAAAGAAGUGUAAGGAAGACUGCAAAUGCUAUUCUAGGUGAAAGCCGCCUUUUCCUGCACUGGGAUUUUUGUUGAGUAUCUCCCAUCCUUAGGAUGUUUGCAAAAGCAACCAAGACUUUUGUGAAAGAGGUUGACUGUGGAGGAGACUUAAUAUCUGUGUCAUCCCUGAAUAUCUUAGAUAAAAUAGAGUUCCUGAAUUUAGUCACAAAGAAAAAGAAAACCUGGUGCUGGCAAAAUCCAAAGUAUCAUCUCUCAUCAGUGUCAUUGAAUGAUCUGCUUGCCCAAGAUAUGCAUGGACCUAUAAAGCCAGUUAUUGUAGAAUCUGACUUUGUGAAGUAUGAAAGCAAGUUUGAAGACUGCAUCAGAGGAAGCGUUGAUACUUCAGUAGGAAGAAUUAAUUUAGGAAGCGGAGGAAGCAAUGUUGUGGAAGGUCUGUCCUCUUUUGGAAAUCUUAAAAAGCAAGAAGUUGACUUGCGCAAACUUAUGAAAGAUGUGAAGAAAAGAUCAAUAAAUCUACAGGCUUCAUUAUUGGAACAAAUGCUUGAAAGAAAGAGUGAUGUUCUUUGUAUCCUUACAGAAAAAAUAUUGACAACUCAGAAAUGUUUAAUAUCUGAACAUAUUCAAAAAGAGGAAAAAAUUGCUGGAAUGGUGGGGAUAAAUGCAAAAAUUAUAAAGGUAUCAGUGAAUGAAAAUGGAAAUAUAAUUAAGAACUCUAAUGUAGUAUUGGAGAUCCCUGCUUCAACUGCAAUUGCUUAUGGUAUAAUAGAAUUGUAUGUAAAGCGUGAUGGUCAAUUUGAAUUGUGCCUCCUUCAUGACCAACAAGGUGGUUUUGAAAGGGGGGCUAUAGAAGGCCCAGCUUACCAUUCUUCAGCCUUCAAAGAUGCUUGCUGCCCUCAUCUUUUUGAUGUUGUGGAUAAUGAGAAAUUGUCUGGACUUGAAAGACCUAUUCCAAGUGAUGCUUCACUUAACAUUCUAAGCAAAGAUGUCCUCCAAUUAAAGACCCAGUUCCAACCUUUUAUAAAUCUAUCAGAAGAAAAGCAAAGAGCUUUAUAUCAGAUGAUCUGUGACCUUUUGCUUCAUGAAGAAACAGUGAUGCAACUAGAAAAUGUGCUGGUCAGUUUAUGUUCUGAGAGGAGUCCAGGCAUCAUAUCAAUGGAGGAAUUACAGUUACCAGAGAAACCAUGUUUAGAAGAAUUUCUACAGCUUGUGGGUGUACAUUUACAGAGCAAAUGUCAGAUUUACAAUAAAGAGCUUUUCCUAGCUGCUCAUUUCCUUCUCAGUGCUCUAGCAGAACUGUCAAGUUAUUCCUUAAUGCUGCUGCUAGCCUGCUGUGACCUCCAGCUUGUCCCUACCCUGUGUUUCUUGCCUAAUAUGACCUUAGAAGAUGGUACAGUGACACUUGCAGAUCCUGUACUGGCUCCACUUGCUGACCCAGGAAAGUUUCAGAUAGCACAGAAGCUAUUCGCUUUAUCAAACAUUAACCUUGAAAUGACGGAAUCUUCUAUCAAAGCUGUAACCAUGAAAAAAAACAUUUUUUCCCCAAUCGUUCUAUAUAUAGCGUUGAAUGGCCUCCAUGCAUUAGGUUAUGAAAAGACAAGAACUGAUGAAGCUGUUUGAAGAGUUUAAUACUACAAGUGUCUCUGUUUAAUGCCUCAUAGUGAUGAACCGCUAAAGAUGUCCAUGCAGUUGGAAUAUCUGGACUGUGUUAUUGGAGCAAGGCAAAUUCUGAAAUUAAUUAUAUGAAUGAAAAAAUGCAAAGAUAAAAAAACCCAUGUAGGGAUACUUGGUGAGAUGUUUGACACUCCUGUAUUAUUUUAAAGUUAAGAAAGAUUACAUGUCCUCACUUUUCAGCCAUUUAUUCAGCACCCGUUCAAAGUUACAACAACGCAGAAAAAAGUAAUUUUAUGGCCCAUUUACUGCCACUCACAACCUUCACAGCAUCCAUCAGCCAUAUGAAUGCCAUUACAGUCAGUAUGUACUGUCUUGGACCAGACCUGUGGGAUUUUUUUUUUUCUUUCCCUUGUAGAGAGAUCUGAGAGAGAUUUCAACAAAGCAAGCAGUUUGCUGUUCUACAUAUCAUAAUCAUGCUAGCAGCAAAGAAGGCUCAGGCAAAGGAGAGAUUGCCUACAUAAAUUGCUUGGUUUUUUUUUUCUUUCCCCUACCCCCACCUGAGUGGAGGGUUUGGAAAGAAAGGGGUUUCAAGAGAAUGGCUAGUCUAGUCCUAGAUUGUGACAGUUGCAUUAUUUUUAUGAAAACAAGACAGCAAGGUCCACUUAGCAAUGGCUUUAUUUAGCAUUAGAGUUGCCAGUGUCAGAGCUGUGAAAAAUUUCUUGUAUUAGUGAUUGUGCUUCCGUACUAAUCUUAUUUUCCUUAAAAACUAGAGCAGUGGUCCCAACCUUUUGGGCACCAGGGACCUGUUCUAUGGAGAGAGGUUUUUCUGUGAACCGGAGGGAAGUGGUUUUGCAUGCUGCCUGCAUCGUGCAUCCUGGUUUCUGGCAUGCUGUGGCCUGGUACUGGUCUACAGACCGGGGGGGGGGGGGUACCCCUGAAUUAGAGUAUAUUCUAAUUGAACACCAUUAUGUGGCAACAGACAGUUUUCAAAACUGAGAAAAGAGCAUCAUGAAACAGGAGAAUAAUUGAAAGGGCCAUUUAAGCAAUCAAUUAAAAAAUUAAGCAAUACAGGAAUAAAUUUAAAGCAUGUUCUCAAUUGUUGGGCUUGCCUUUGGAGCAGUUAUUUAGAUUAGAACCAAAUAUCACAAAGAAUGUGGCAAGUUUCUAAGUGUUUCUUUAUGGUAUGGCAGAAAAGCUGGGAACUACAGCAUCCAUUUUGGGAGUCAUAUUUUUAACCUUUCUAGCUAUAAAGGCAUUUUUAUUUACCUACUUGAUUAAUGUGACGUGUACCAAAACUGCAGGCCUCAAAGCUGCCUCUUUUGGACAGAUGUUUUUGGAGGGGGGGGAGAAAUAUGUUAAGGAGAAAAAUGUAAUUUUUAGCUUCUCAGAUAUUGACCAUGGUAUAUAAAACCCAUUCAAUUCCAUCCACAUCUGUUAGCAAAGCCAUAGGGACUCAAACCAAUGGAAGUUAACAGAUUUUGGAUAUUAUAUUCACAGCACUUAUUAAAUGCUAUUAUAAGGUAUAUUUGGAAUGAUAGUUUUUCAGUGUUUUAAUUAGGCAUAUACAGUGCAAAAAUAUGAUUUGUUA